AUGGACCGACCCAGCCAGCUGUACGACGACAACACCGACGGCGUCCGCGGCAACAGCUUUGCGUACAGCGCGCCGACCCGCCACUCGUCGUCGUCGCACCACGGCGGGGGCACGCGCGCGUCGCUCAUCGAGCGCAACAUCAUUGCCGCCCCGCUCGAUCCGCGCGCUGCCGAGAACACGAUGCGGUCGCCCCACAAGGCCUACAAGGGCCGACUCCGGAGGUGGCCGGGUGUCCUCUUGCUCGUUAUGAUUGUCGGCGGCGCGAUCGCAGCGAUCGCAUACUUUAGCGUCUCGAAAGGCCAGGAAGCCCACGACCGAGCCUUUGCGGUACAGAAGCGACUGGCGAAGGAGCGGGCGAUUGCCGACGGGUUGACGAGUGGGUCGGACGAAGUCGACGUGGACGACGACGGCCAAGUCAACAACCCCAAAGUGUACCCGCAGAGCUCGUGCCAGCAGCCCGACUACCAGAGCAAGAACGGCAAAAUCUACGCGGUCGCCAAGAAUGGCACGGAAGUCUCGUUCCAGAUCAAGGGUGUCAACUGGUUUGGCAUGGAGACUGGCCUUCGCUCCCCGUUUGGGCUCUGGGACAACGAGCAGAACGGGACCACUGUCUAUGCGAUUGCGCAAUUUCUGGCCAAAAACAAAUUCAACUCGGUGCGCAUCCCGCUCUGUGUCGAGAGCAUCUUGAACAACAAGGCGCCCCAGCUCUCGAUCAUCAACCGCGUCACCAACCGCGCGCUGGAUCUCACGUCAUCUCCGUCAUGA